ACCAAGAGUAGGGGUCUUCUUUAAGAGCAUCCACCAGUGUCUUACUGAUAUACCCAAUGUAAAAAUAUUUUUACAACACCAGCUCACCAUAUUCUCAAACAGUGCAUCAGUGCACCUAGGCCGAUAAUCGUGCACAACCCAUGAUAUCUCUAGUGAAAUAUUGGGUCAGGCCCAUCUAGCUCCAAUCGGUACAGAAUUGUGUCAUGGCCCGCCAACACUAAAUCAUUCAGUGGCUCGUGAUUGCCUCCAGUUGAGGGUUCCUCCCUCCGAGCCCGGCUCUCCCCGAUGCAUUAUUGCGCCUGGACCUGGCGCCUGUGCCCGUUAUCGCUCCCUGGGCCCGGGCUUCAUCUCAUUCCUGGCGCCCAGGCCCUCUAUUUCCCCGGCUCCCGACAACGGGCCCUCACCUCUUGUCCGGUUCUUGGCGCCCGGACCCGUUAUCGCUCCCAGGGCCCGGCUCCCGGGUUUCGCCUCUUUCCCGGUGCCAGGGCCCACAAUUGCCCCGGCUCCCGGCGACGGUCCCUAAUCUCUUGUCCGAAUUCUGGCUCCCGGGCCCACAAUUGCUCUGGCUCGUGGCGGCGGGCCCUCAUCUCUUGUCCAGAUCCCGGCGCUGGGCCUGCUAUUGCCCCGGCUCUUGGCGAUGGGCCUUCACCUUUCAUCUGUUUCCCGGUGCCCAUACCCGUUAUCGCUUCCGGAGCCCGGCUCCCGGGCGUCGCCCUCCUCCUGGCUCCCGGGCCCACAAUUUCCUCGGCUCCCGGUGGCAGGCCUUCACCUCUCGUCCGGUUUCCGGCGCCCGGGUUCGAUAUCGCUCCUAGUCCCUUGCGUACGGGCCUGCUAUUGCCCCGGCUCCCGGGCUUCGCCCUCCUCCCUGCACCCGGCCUACAAUUUCCCCGGCUCCCAGCGGUGGGCCUUCACCUCUUUUCCGGUUUCCAGCGCCCAGUCCCGUUAUCGCUCCCGGACCACGACUCUAGGGUUUUGCACUCCUCCCGUCACCUGGGCUUUGCCCUCCUUUCGUCACCCAAGCCCACAAUUGCCCCGGCUUCCGGCGGUGGACCUUCACCUCUAAUCCGGAUCCUGGCGCCCGUGCCUGUUAUCGAUCCAUGUCCCCUACGCCCAGGCCCGCUAUUGCCCCGGUUACCGGCGUUAGGCCUUCACUUCUUGUCCGACUCUCGCCGCCCAGGCCCGAUAUUGAUCCCAGUGCCCGACUCCCAGACUCCGCCCUCCUCCAGGCGCCCAGGCCCGCUAUUGUUCUGGCGUGGGUCUUCUCCUUUUGGCUGGUUCCCGAACCCGUUGUCGCCCCCCACUCCCGGCACCCGGAUCCAUAUCUAUUCUCCCCACCUGGAUCCAUUGCAUGCACUCCUACAUGCACAUGUGUCAUUCCCUCUCCUCAAUUAGUCUGCAUGUGGCAAGAGUGUUCCCCUUAGGCAAAAACAUGGUUGACAUGUGUACAGCCAUGUGGCGGGCACUGAUGGGCCUAGACGACACAUGUUCAGUGACGUGUCCUUCUUUUAUCUCCGGCGCCGACACCUGUCCUACCUUUGUCCCUCCAAGUAGAGGCACAAAGGUUUCCUCCUCCGGAUCAAGGUUUCCUCCUUCGAAUUACAUAACUAGCACCUCGGGGUGAGAGAGCAUCUAUGUCAGAAGAGAUUUAGACUGGUGGCCAAUGCAUUCCUGAUGCAUCUCCACAUGAAGAAAGAAAUCUUUAGGGGAAGCAUAUGUGACCAAAGCCACUUCCAAUUUCUGCAGCAGGCACAUUGAGAUCAAGAGGUUGAGAGGAAUGGAGGUUGCUAAGGUGCUUGCGUAAGGCAUGAUAUGCGGCCCUAACAGAGAACUCCCCCUAUGGCGUAAAUAUCCAACCCCAUUUAUCAUUUGUUUCACUUGGGCCGGUAUGAACCUGUGAGAUAGCUUCAACUUCAGCCUCGGAACAGUGUCUCCUGAUAAGAUCAAUUCCAGCCUCGCCUGUCCUCAUUCAUACAAUCUUUGACACGUGAGGAAGGAUCUAGUCUAGAGGAGAUCCUUUAGCCUUAAUCAUGCAGAGGAUGCACCCAAAAAUCACUAUGGAACCAAGUAUUAACCCAUGAGCCAAUCACUUGAAUAAUACCGAUAUCAAGAGCCUUCCAAGCGUCACACAAGCUUGCUUAAAUGCAAUAUGUGGUGCUUCCUUUCCGUGCCGAAGAGAAAUCUCCAUUUGGGAAGUAGAGCCCACGAAGCAUUCUUGCCCAAAGAGUCUCAUGUUCCGUGAUUAACCUCCACUCCACCCCUACUUAGUCAACAAAGAAAGAUUGAAUAAGUGAAAAUCCUGGAAACCUAUGCCCCCUCAAGUUUUGAGUCAUUAAGCACUUCCCCUUUCCGCCAUGGAAUGGAUUACUUUGUCAGCGAACAAGACCAGAAGAAUCUAUGGAGGAGAGAAUCCAUUCUCCUACUGAGAGAACAAGGGAGAAGGAAGACGCUCAUAAUAUAUGUUGGAAUAGCUUGGAUCACCACCUUCAACAGAGUCUCUUUUCCUCCAUGAGAUAAAAUUAGGCUCUUCCAUGAUUCUCUUUUCUUUUCCAUCCUUCAGAUGAAAAAAAUAAAUGUGUCCUUCCUCGAUCGUCCCCAUUCAAUUGGAACUCCCAAAUACUUGUCAUGACAAAUGUGGGAAGAGAAAACAAAGAAAGUAGAAAUCUGGUUUCAAAUAUCAUCCGGAGUAUUCUUGUUGAAAAACAUAUAUGAGUUUUCCAUGUUAACCUCUUUCCAUGUUGAUAUGAUCCCAAAUUGCUUGAAAUCCAAGUCUCCAUUCAUGUGUAAAGAAUCAAGUUCAAUUGAAGAGAAGCAAACUUAAAAUUGUCUAAGUGUUUUGACUGUUUCAGGGAGCCGACUUUGCAAGCUUGGUCGUCAUAAUUGGCGAAGAUGGGAGUUUAAGGGCUUGUUUAGAAGUUGGCAUGUUCUUCUACAAGCUGGAGUGUUUGGAAGCUCGAGAGGAAGUCAGGAAGUGAAUUUUCAAGGCUGCUCAUAACUCAUUGUCAACACAGGAAAACCGCCAGAAAAUGGCUAAAUGUAAAACCGAGUUCAUGAAGCUUACUUUGGAGCUCAAUUCGAGAAGGAUGGCUGCAAGUCGAGUCCAGAGGCUUACACCACAUGAAAUUAGGGAUAAUCUAAUACAAAGAAGUGGAGUUGGAUGAUUAAAAGGGUACCUUGAGG